AUGAGUUCACACCACGACCGCGUGCGCUACGAUGCAACGCAGGGCGACCUCGUUCCCUGCUCCCCAACUGUGGUCAAAGCGGAAAAGAUACUGACUCCCGAGCAACUCGACAAGAUCUUCGACAUGCUCGCGGUAAUCGAGUUCCUCACCUUGUGCUCCUUCUUCUGCUUUUGCUUCCGCGAUCUCUCUGGUUCCGCAUGGGUGGGCGCCUCAGUCGUCUUUACGCUCAUCGAAGUCGCGACUUUCGGUGUAUACUGCGUCCUCAAACCUCACUUCGACCCUACCCCCAAGCAGCCAUCCAGCCAAAAUCACAAUAUCUACGAAGACGUCCCUCUCUCCCCUCUGGGUGUAAUUGACAACAAACCGCCAGACGACCAGAACCUCGAUCUUGACCACGGCUUCCCUCUCCCGCCUUCAGCUAGCCAGCAGUCUUCCGACGUCGCUGAAGCUGUUGACACCGACCGCUUCAAGUCUGGCAUUUCCCUCAAAAAUGACCGCAGUUACCACGACAAAGCGCAGGGUAAGAUGGUGCCCAUACAAAAGCACAAACACCACGACAAGGCUCAGAAGAAGAUCUUGUAUAUUUCCAACGGUGGCGCCGAUCUGUCUGGAGAGCAUCACAUAUGGGCCCAACGUGAAACCCGCGUUUCUCUUCAGGAGAACGUUACUCAAUCACCUCGUGCCGUCCAUCGCGUACUUCCUAUCCGAAGCAAAACCGGCCCCGAAGGGUGCUUCGCGAGCCAGCAAGUUGCUCUCUCUGAAGCUCAGGCCAAAGCCAGCCUCGAGGCUCUCCUGGACCAAGUCGAAAAGAGCGCGGUGCGUGACGGGCCCAUCGCAGCUGAAUACCGCUAUAGGAAGCAACUCAAGGCCUUGUUCAAAGCUGCUUUGCACACUACCACCAUACACACGUCGCUUCGAGUAUCCUUCCUAGCUCGCGUAAAGAAGUACGCGAUGGAUCAUACCAUCAAUCAGAUAGGGUCUCUGUACGCCCGCAGCAUCGUCCUCGCGCAUGACGACGAUGUAAACCGUGCUGAGGCCUUCUGGCGUUUUUUGGAGAGGUACGAGGAAAAGAAGAAGAGGGAUGCCGCCAACACGCAAUGGUCCGAACAGGUUGAGUCCAGAUAUGCGCACGAGCGCGAAGAAAAAGAACGCGCCAAGAAAGAGAAGUUCCUCCAGGAAGUCCGCCAGUACGCCGUUGAUGUGGGAGUCAAGGCGGCCAAAAAGACAUUCUCGAAUAAUCCUGAUACCUGCACCUAUUUGUCUGCUGACAUAGUUCCUAUACUCCAAGAGGUCCGCGCCCAAGAAAUUGAAAAGGAACGCCAGCGAGAAGCCCAUGAGCAAGCCAGGCUCGACGCAAUCAGCGACAUCGCCCGUACAUGUGGCAUCGAGGGCGCUAAAGAUCAAUUCGAUGAAGAGCUUCGUAGACUUAUCCCUGCCAGACAGAUCCCUAAGUUCUGGAAGAAGCUGCACGAGGAACGUCUCCAGCGAAACGCCGUCUGGCUCAAAAAGCAUCCCCAGGAGAAGACCGCCUUCUUCACAGCGCUCGGAAUCGAAGCCGUCAAGGAAGCUUUAUUUAGAAAUACGAUCGACGAACGAGUAUACUGCCGCUCUAAGAAAGGUGGCGGCCGAACCGCAGUCAUUCAUUCGAAAGAUACUUACGCCCAUUACAAAGACUUCCUGUCCGUACUCGCCGGCCAAGAAAAUGUACGUCAAAAGUUCCUCCAGAUCUACGACGACGAGUUGAAGCGCCAUGGCCAGUACUGGAGGCGACUCGCAUCCGUGAAGAAGGAAAUUGAGGACUGUGGCUCGGUCUUCUAUAUCAGGGAUUGGUACGGUGUGUGGAUCGAUCAGCUUUGUUCGUCUCUCGGCUUCUCUCCCGUUGACUUCUGGGACCAUGUCUACGGUGAGGAGGGCCUACGCAACCGUGAGAAAGCCGCAGAAGAACAAGCUGCCCAAGCCGCAGCGGAAGCCGCUCAACAGGAAGAAGUCGAGGCCGCCAACGAGGUACGACGGCGUCGUGUUCACGAAGCCCUCGCCAUAGGCGAGGGCUCACGUCAAUGCCGCUCGGGUCUCUUCCAGGGUCUUGCGUCGGUGCAAGGCAAAUUUGUCGAGCUAGGGGAAUUGCUCGAGAAUCUCCAACGAGAACAGGAACGCCAGGCCGACGAAGCAGCCGCCCAGGAGGCCCUGCUCCACCUCGCUAUAAACACGCCUCUUGCCGGUCGCCAUCGGCUCAUCGAGCCAACCACGCCCACGGCCAUCUACACCCCCAAGGCAUGGGACGCCAACGCCGGCGGCUUCACGCAGUACUGGCAGCUCCAGGCCGCCAAUUGCCCACUUUUCCAGCCCAUCCCCUACAACCGGGGAAGUGGUAGCCGCUUCAACAUGCGGUAUGCCAAUGAUGAACGCUGGCCGGAGUUUCAAGAGCACACCAUCUACUCGUUCUACGGAUACAUGCUGCGGUAUAGAAUGGUAAUGAAGGACCUGUCCUCGCUGCAGCGGAGUAAGCAGGCGGAGGACGGGUCCCGCUGGCCGACGCAAUGGAAUCUGGAACCACUGUGGGCGAAGUGGAAACCGGCGGGGGAAUUCAAGUUACCGGUGAACAGGAGGUUUCAAACGACGUUCCGGGGAAUGUUUUGGAGACCGACGGAAUUCGAGAACCUCCGCCGAGAAAAGCAGCGCCAAUUCGACGAGGCGCUCGCUCAAGAGGCGCUCUUACACGUCGGAGGAUGA